UUUGUAUAAAAGACGUUCACAUAAUGAGUUCAGAAAUUGUAACAAAGCCUCUCAUAUGGCCCUUAACGUGUCCCUCUCUACCUCUCAAUAUAACCCUUUCUAACUCAUUUUUCUCCCAUCUCUUCUAUAAGAGCCUUGGGGCUUUCCAAGGUAGCACAUCUCACAAAAUGGCCACGAGUUACUUUCUAUUGCUCUCAUUAUUCCUCCUUUCAUCAUCUGUCUCUCAUGCACUUUCCAAUGUUGAAGCUUCUUUCAUUGUUCGUCGCCAAUUAUUGCACUUACACGAGAAUGAUGAAUUAUCUGACAACUAUGCAGACAAUUAUGAAACAAAUCUAACUUUCCCCAACCCCAGACUAAAAAGUGCAUACAUUGCUCUUGAGGCAUUGAAAAAAGCAAUCUACUCAGACCCAUCAAAUUUCACAGCAAAUUGGGAGGGCCCAAAUGUUUGCUCUUAUAACGGAGUUUUUUGUGAAAAGGCCUUAGAUGAUCCAAAGAUCGAUGUUGUAGCUGGGAUUGACCUUAACCAUGCAGACAUCGCAGGUUACAUUCCCCCCGAGAUCGGUUUGUUAACCGACCUUGCGCUUUUCCAUAUAAACUCAAACAGGUUUUGUGGGGUUCUCCCAAAAAGUUUUUCCAAGCUUAAGCUUCUUUAUGAGCUAGACAUCAGCAACAACCGCUUUGUUGGGCGAUUCCCUGAGCCUGUGCUUUUAAUUCCAGACAUUAAAUUCCUUGACCUCAGGUUCAAUGAGUUUGAAGGGGAAUUACCUUCUGAGCUUUUCAACAAAAGCCUUGACGCUAUCUUUUUGAACAAUAACCGUUUCACGUCCACAAUUCCUCAGAACAUGGGAUCUUCUCCAGCUUCAGUUAUGGUUUUUGCCUAUAACAAUCUCACAGGUUGUCUGCCUUCAAGUAUUGGCAACAUGACAAAGACAUUGAACGAGUUUGUUUUGAUCAACAACAACCUCACUGGUUGCUUGCCUGUAGAGAUUGGAAAGCUCGAACAAGUUUAUGUGUUUGACAUAAGCCAAAACAACUUUGUUGGCAUGUUACCAAGGACAUUUGAUGGGCUUAAGAACGCGGAGCACUUAUCCAUUGGACACAACAAGCUCACGGGUUUUGUCCCACGUAAUGUUUGCAGCUUGCCUAAUUUGGUCAACUUCACAUUCUCUUAUAACUAUUUCAACGGUGAGGAAGAAGGUUGUGUGCCUCCUAAGAAAGAUGUUGUGUUGGAUGAUGAGAACAAUUGCAUACCAAAUAGGCCAAAACAAAAGGUUGCAGACGUUUGCAAUGUGGUGAUAAGCAAGCAUGUGGAUUGUAAAUGUGGAAGUGGAAACCCAUCUCAUUCUUCCAAUCCUCCAACAACACCAUCUAGCCCAUCACCAAAAUCUCCAUCUGAAUCACAACCUUCCAGUCCUCCUAAAGUUGAGACACCAAAGCCACAACCUCAACCUACCCCUUCAACACCAAAGCCACAACCCAGCCCAACCCCUUCUACCCCAAAGACACAAGAACCCAGCCCCACCUCUUCUACCCCCAAUCCUCCAACCCCUAAGCCACAAGAACCCAAACCUACCCCUUCUCCCUCAAAUCCUCCAACACCAAAGCCACAACCACCCAAAGCAACCCCUUCUCCCUCAAAUCCUCCAACACCACAGCCACAACCACCCAAAGCAACCCCUUCUCCCUCAAAUCCUCCAACACCAAAGCCACAACCACCCAAAGCAACUCCUUCUCCCUCUAAUCCUUCAACACCACAAGCACCCAAAGUAGCACCACCACCAGAGGAAGAUCCCCAUAGGGAAGCACCUCGACAACGACAAAGACCUUCAGAAUCUCCUCCACCACUUGUUCAGUCUCCUCCUCCACCAGUUCACUCCCCACCACCACAUGUUCCUUCUCCACCACCCCCAAUAGUACAUUCCCCUCCCCCACCAAUUCACUCUCCUCCACCACCUGUCCAUUCUCCUCCACCACCUGUCCACUCUCCACCACCUCCUGUCCAUUCUCCUCCACCUCCCGUCCACUCUCCACCACCUCCCGUCCAUUCUCCUCCACCUCCUGUUCACUCUCCACCACCUCCCGUCCAUUCUCCUCCACCUCCUGUUCACUCUCCUCCACCACUGGUCCAUUCUCCUCCACCACCUGUCCACUCUCCACCACCUCCUGUCCAUUCUCCUCCACCUCCUGUUCACUCUCCUCCACCACCUGUCCACUCUCCACCACCUCCCGUCCAUUCUCCUCCACCUCCUGUUCACUCUCCUCCACCACCUGUCCACUCUCCACCACCUCCCGUCCAUUCUCCUCCUCCCCCUGUUUACUCUCCACCACCUCCCAUCCAUUCUCCUCCACCUCCUGUUCACUCUCCACCACCUCCCGUCCAUUCUCCUCCACCUCCUGUUCACUCUCCACCACCUCCCGUCCAUUCUCCUCCACCACCUCCCGUCCAUUCUCCUCCUCCACCUGUUCACUCUCCACCACCUCCCGUCCAUUCUCCACCCCCACCAGUUCAUUCUCCGCCACCACCCGUGUACUCCCCACCACCACCAGUGCAUUCUCCACCACCACCAAUACACUCUCCACCACCUCCUACACCCUCUAUUUCACCUCCUCCUUUUGAAGAUGUCGUUCUUCCCCCUCACUUCGGCUCUUCUUAUGCUUCACCCCCUCCACCUAUCAUUCCCGGCUACUAAAUGUGGUGCACAUCUAGAUCUUACCAACAUUUAUACUAGUUCCUAAACUUAAAGUUGCAUCAUAAGCUAUAUCAACACAAUAAGAUAUCUUUUUCUCUCUUUUUUUAUGUAAUAUCAUCUAUUCAGUUUAACUGAAUGAGCAAAUUGAAGACUUUUGUUGUAAUGGAAACAUUAUAAAAGAGAGAAUAGUAUUUAUUACAC